AUGGCUGCACGCAUGACUUUACUAGGGAUGAGUGUGGCGGUGACAAUCUGCACCCUUUGCUCGAUCGUUUCUGCACUGCCGCAACAGACGGUCACCACGUACCAUGGGAAUCUGUACCCCUCGCUCGGGACAUCAGCGGUUGGCAGUACACCGAAGCUACUGCUUCCCGAUUCUAGCUCGUCCGACGAACGCAUCCUAACAGGAUCGGACGAUUUCUUGGCAUCGUUUUCCUCCAGCGGUGACGAUACCUGCAGCUUCGACAAAUAUGCGUUCGAUCACGACGGCACGGUGAAGUACGGUAACAAACUGCCAGCCCUUUCCCAGUUUACGCUCUGCAUGUGGAUGCGAUUUACCAAUCACACCGGCGACCACACAAUCCUCACCUACUCCGUGGAAGAUGAACAGCGCGAAAUACAGCUCUGGAUUUCCAACAACAUGGGCAUGAGCUUCAUCAGUUUGGCCGUCCAUGGUCAGUCACUCUUUAGGUUGAACUAUCCUUUCAAAAUGCGAAAGUGGCACCACGCGUGUGCGUCGUGGAACGGCAAAACCGGCGAAUGGCAACUGUGGAUCAAAUCGGAACGCGUCGGACGCGGAUUCCACAACCGGCUGGUCAAUUACGAAAUCAAACCCUACGGUACGCUGUUCUCUGGUGGUCCAUCCAUUACCGGGCUGACCGAUGUCGGGCUGCACUUCGAGCUGACGGCGGUCCAGAUGUACAAGGUAGCGCUGAGCGCUGGCAAGGCACACCGCGACCACAAACAUCACCAUGUGCACCAUUUCGAUCAUAACGGUGGUGAGGUUACGUCUACGACACCGCGGACCCAGGUGGCGCCUUCACCGCAACCGGCGAACCCGCUGCUGGCGAACGGACAGAUUCCAACGCGCGUCAAGAUCAACCUUGCGGCAAACGGCCAGCAACAGAACAGCGGUUCGCUCGGCAUACCUACCAAGGGUUUGCCGUCGCAGCUCGUCGGUGGUUUCACGCCGUCCACCGGCAAUGGGCCCACCGUUACGACCAACUUUGUCAACGGUCAGUUCAGCAGCGGUGUGCGGUUCCUGCAGGAGCAGCUGGUGUCAAACAACGUGAUCGGUCAAUUCCCACGAUCAAGCGGAUCGGUGGUCGGUUCGUCCAGCACCUUUACAUUCCCGGAUAGCAGCAGCGAGCUGGCGGGACCAUCGCCAUCCAGCGGUGCGUACUCGAUCGUUCAACUUCCCACCGACACGAGCCCGCGGAAACUGUUCAAGCGUCAAACGGCAGCGAAGAAGCCAGCCAAAACUAAUGCCGCGACGGAUACGAAAACCAAGCGGGAUUUGAUCCAACUGCAGGACGGGUCACUGUUGCAGAGCUCCGAAUAUAUAUUCGACGGCCUAGCCGAGUUCGGUUUGCCCGACUUCAAAAACAAACUCGGACGCGAAACGGACAUUGAGGACGAAAUUCGUGAGCACGAUAAGGAGCCGGCCGAGGAGGAGGUGCGAGCCGUGAUGAACAUCUGCUCCAAGUGCGCACCGGAACCGUUUGCCAAGGCGCUGAUAUUCGCGUGGAAGGAUGCGGUGACGGAAUUGGGCGGUGCACUGUCGGCAAAGGCGUCUUCUCACUGUGGCCAUUUCUAG